AUGAAUUCUUGUUGUUGUUCACUUAGCUGCACUAGAGAUGGAACAAGUGAUGCGCCUGCUCUACAUGAGGAUGAUAUUGGUCUUGCUAUGGGCAUCCAAGGAACUGAAGUUGCAAAAGAAUGUAGUGAUAUCGUAAUCUUGGAAGACAAUUUCGCUUCCAUUGUAAAGGGGAUGUCCCCCUUAAUGUCGUGCAAUGUUGCUCAUUUAUUGGAGUCACGUGGAAUGAUUGAUGAAGCUUUAGCAGUUGCUACAGAUCCUGAUUAUAGAUUUGAACUAGCUAUUCAGCUUUGUAAACUAGAGAUUGUGAAGGAUAUCACAUUAGUAGCACAAAGUGAGUCGAAAUGGAAGUAGUUGGGUGAUUAGCAAUGUCUACUGGACUGUUGGAAAUGGCUAAAUUGCAAUGUAGCUACAAGACCAUCUACUAAAGCAAGGUUGGUGUAAGAGUUGAUGACGAGAACAUUGUUCCAAGACCUUCAGUGAGUUAUGAUGAUGUCCCUUAAUAGCAAUGUAGUAUUAGGUUAUAUAGUUAGGGAUGAUUAUUUGUAUUUGACAUGUUAGUGCAAUG